AUGGACGAGUUCAAGUGGAUUCAAAUUCAUUUAAUUCUUGUAGCGGUGCAUCAGCCGACAGCAGUAACUGGACUGUCUCCCAUCUACAGUGUCAGAGUUGGAGAUGAUGUCACAUUGGCUUGUGGAAACGUGAUAGAAGAUCAGAGUGACUGUGACAGUACUACAUGGACCUGGACCAGUAGAUCAACAAAAGCAGCAGUAGAGCUGAUUAAACUCGGGCAGAUUGCUGAAAACACUGGAUUUAAAUCAGACAGACUGAGUGUGGGAGUGAACUGUGCUCUGGUUAUAAAGAAGGUCACAGAGGAGGAUGCUGGUUAUUUUGUCUGUCAACAGUACAAAUCAGACAGAAUAGCAGCUCCAGAUGCUCCAGUGUAUCUGUCUGUUAUUUCCAUGACUGAGCAGAUGAACGGUGAUGAGGUGACAUUAAUCUGCUCUGUGUCGACGUUUGACGGGUGUAGACAAACAGUGAAGUGGCUGUUUGAUGGUGUAGAUGUUGAAGAACAUAAUCAAAGUGGGAGGACAUCAGACUCUCCCUGCACUGCCUCUGUGACCGUUCCGACUUAUCAUGAAAUCUACAAAGCAAGAUAUAAGUCACUGGAGUGUAGUGUUGGUGAUAGAGGGCAACUGUUUCCCUUCAAACUUCAGCCCUCAGAUGAGAAUCCAGGUGAGGUCACUACAGAAUCGGCAACAGCAACAUUCAAAUCAACAAGACCGACUGAAAACAACAAAACAACAACCGAAUCUGGAGUCAGUUAUCAUGCCCAAUGGAGGUUGAUCGUUGUGUCUGUGGUUUUGUCAGCUCUCAUACUAACUGUUGUGACGGUCAGCAUAUGGGCAAAAAUGAAAGGAAAACAAACACAUAUGGAUGAAAACAUGGUGAAUGGAAGCCAUGAAGAUGAUGAUGCUGUGAACUAUGAAAACGUCAGAUCUCCUGCAGAGGAAUGACCAAAUCUUCUGUCUCUGUCAGACUACAUAGAUCAACAACUCAAGUUUCUAUGAGUUCUUGUAGUCUCUCCUCUACAUGAAGGAAAGCCUCUCUCUAUCUGUGAACUUCUCUGUUGGAUUGAAAAUCUCAGUUUUCCAUUCGAACAAGAAUUUGCCUAAACACAAAGAUUCAAUGUAAAUGACCAGAAAAUGCACAGAAAUGUAAAAAAUAAUGGCUUCUCUCUGCAGUUAAGGAUAAAUGACCACCUUGUCAGAAACUAAAAUUAAUGUAAAUAGAUGUUAUAUACACGCUAUGUGUUAGCUUAUUUAAAUUUGACAACAUUAUUUUUGCAUGAUAGGUGUCACUGUCAUCGAUUUAUUAUGGAGCUGAACAAAGCAUGAACUUUUGAAUUAAAUGUGACCUAAUAUGAGACUCUUUUUACAGAAGCACACAAGUAAACCAUCCUGCUUCCUGCAUAGAAAAGACUUUACAUGUUAAAACGUUUUAACCACAUUUGAUGCUGUGCUUCCUUUGGGUAAAAUAGCCCAUGGCUGUGUAAUUCACUCCCCGACCACCAGAGGGGACCAUCGCCCGUUGAAAAAAACGACUUCAACCCUUCCUCAUUCAAAGAGCCUUCUGUCAGUUUAACUUCCUCUUACCUGUUGUUUUAUACUCUUGUAUAAAUCUAUAGCAUGAGUUUGUUAUCAUUAUUAAGGUACAGAUUGUGUUUAAAAUGUGCUGAAGUAUUGAUGUAGCAGUAGAAGGAUUGUGUUCAUAUUUGAUUCAACGUUGUUGACAUGUGUUUAGAUGAAACUGACCUCAUGAUGUCAUUUUGCUCUUGAUUUUUUUGUUAGUUGUGUCCUGAGGUCAGGCAUCACAGAUGUAAAUUAAUUAUCAAGUUAACGUUGGCUCAGCAUUUGUGUGGCAGACAUUGGUUGAAGUUUUUACAGGCUUACAACUGCUUCAGAUGACAGAUUUUCUUCGUUCCUUUUUCAGAGCACAUGAGUUAUUAAUUUCUGUCAGGACCUAAAGACAGUUUCAACCAAAAUCUGGAAAAUUUUAACUGGGUGAAAAUAAAGAUGCAUAAACCUAACAAAAGGGCAACAGUAGCCUCGUGGUUAGUUUGUGCGCCCCAUGUACGGAGGCUAUAAUCCACCAGGCGGUCCAGGCUUGAAUCUGACCUGUGGCUCCGUACCGCAAGUCAUUACCCACUCUCUCU